CUCAAGAGUACUCCAUCUUUCUCUCUCUAAACAAAGAAGAGUUCCUUACCUCUCUCUAAACAAAGAAGAGUCCUUACCUCUCUCUAGACAAAGGAGAGUAGUUCUUCACCUAUCUAUCCCUCCAGAGAAAGAAGAGUUCUUGACCUUUCUCUCUCCUCAUCUCUCUUUCUCUCUCUAGAAAAGAAGAGUUAUGCACGUCUCUCUCACUAGAGGAAGAAGAGUUAUUUCCCUUGUUUUAAAAAAGAGUUCUUAACUCAAUUGAAAGAUAGAAAGCUUAAAAGCUUUGUUUCCUUUUGUUUCUCAAUCAUCUCCAGCUUUAGAAAGUUUAGAGAGAGAGAGAGAGAGAUGGAGACUGCUAUCACAGCUGCUCUUUGCAGGCAGCCAGGCAGUGUCCAUUGGAAGAACGAGGAGGAGCAGAGAGGAGAGUUAGAGAGAGAAGAAGAGAAGCAGGAGUGUAAUAGCAAUAAGAGAGAGAAGAAGAACAACAAAAAGAAUGGGCAGAAGAAGAAGAAAGAUGUUUAUGUUUCAGUGAUCAUAUUGCAAAAGGACGAAGGCUUCAAGGUUCAACAGAUUGAGGAGCCCCACCACCUUCAAUGCCACCCCACUUGGGACGAGGCCCUGGAAGAGCUCAAGUCCAUUGCAAAAAUCUCAGGUCCUACUGCCCUCAGCACCCUCCUCCUCUACCUGAGGUCCAUGGUCUCCAUGCUCUUCCUUGGCCACUUGGGCGACCUCCAACUUGCAGCUGGCUCUCUCUCUCUAGGGUUUGCCAACAUAACUGCCCACUCUAUUCUCACUGGCCUCUCCAUGGGCAUGGAACCCAUCUGUGGUCAAGCAUUUGGGGCCAAGAGGUGGUCCCUCAUUGCCCUAACUCUCCUAAAAACAAUCCUGAUUCUCUUGUGUGCAAGCCUUCCAAUUGGCCUCAUUUGGCUUAGUAUGGAGAGGUUCAUGCUUUGGUGUGGCCAGGACCAUGAGGUCACAUCCUUGGCCUCCACCUUUAUAAUCUUCUCUCUACCUGACCUCUUGGCCCAAGCAAUCCUCCACCCUCUAAAGAUUUAUCUGAGGGUCCAGAAUGAAACACUUGCACUGGCCACUUGUGCAGCCAUCUCUCUCUCUCUUCACAUACCCAUCAAUUUUUUCUUGGUCUUUGGCCUGGGCCUUGGGCUCAAGGGUGUGGCCCUCUCCUCAAUUUGGACAAAUUUCAACUUGGUUUUUCUCUUGCUCCUCUAUGUGUGCAAGAACGGGGCCCAUGGGCCCACCUUCCAUGGGCUCAGGCCCAUGGACUGCUUCACCAAUUGGAAGCCACUGUUGCAAUUGGCAAUCCCAAGUUGUGCAUCUGUGUGCCUAGAGUGGUGGUGGUAUGAGCUCAUGAUAUUGCUUUGUGGGCUUCUGAGUGAGCCCCAGCCCAAGGUGGCAGCCAUGGGGGUCCUCAUCCAAACCACCUCUCUCCUCUACAUUUUGCCCUCCUCUCUGAGCUUAGGGAUCUCCACACGUGUGAGCCAUGAGCUCGGGGCCGACAAUCCGACAAGUGCGAGGAGGGCCACGAUCGUGGGCCUCAUGGGCUCAGCCCUGUUGGGGCUCUUCUCCAUGGGCUUCGCCACCUCGGUUUUGCAUGUGUGGGGGCUCAUGUUCACACGUGAGAGGAGCAUUUUAAGGUUGAUUAGCCAGGCUUUGCCCAUAAUUGGGCUCUGUGAGCUCUUCAAUUGCCCUCAAACAAGUGGGUGUGGUUUGCUUAGGGGGUGUGCUAGGCCGGGCCUGGGGGCCUAUAUAAACUUGGGCUCAUUUUACUUGUUGGGCUUGCCUGUGGCUGUGAGCCUGGCUUUCUUUCUAGGAUUAGGGUUUGUGGGCCUGUGGCUUGGGUUGCUCACAGCUGAGGCUUGCUGCCUCUUGCUGAUGCUCUUGGCUUUGGUGAACACGGACUGGACUGCUCAGGCGGCUCGAGCGAACAGCCUUACUGGUUCCGAGACCGAGCCCCUCAUCUUGGAAGGUGAGGACCGGGUCAACUUUGCUUGAGGGUUGAAGAUCGAUCGAUCGGACGAUCUCUCUCUCUCUCUCCCUCCCUCUAAAUACUUCACUUAAACGUUUAGGUUAUCUCUUUUUCUCUUCUAUCUCUCUCUCCCUCUCACACACACACAAAACACACAUUAAAGGUUCGAAUUCUCUCUCUCUCACUCUCUCUCUCUCUCUCCACUCCACUGAAAGGUUUAAGAGCUCUCUUCUCAACAUCAUCUCUCAACUCCACUGAAAGGUUUAAGCUCUCUCUUCUCAGCUUCAUUUGAAUGAUCUCUGAGUCUCAACUUCACUUGAGUCUUGACUAAGCUCUCUCUCUCUCUCUCUCUUCUGGAUCAGGGUGACGCUUUUUUCUUGGUCGUUUCUUUUUCUUUUGUAUUUCUUACGGUUUCUCGCGCCUUUUGUGGGCUAUGUUUAUAUGCAAUAAGUGUGCAUGCAUUCUAUUUUAUGAACAUAUGAAGUCGAUGACAUAAGGUUGGGAUUCCUUUUUCCUUCUCCUUUAUUUUUUCUCUCUAUUUUCUCUAAAAUGCUCUCUUCUUUGUAUACUUUUUUGCUUUGUAAUUUUAUUGCUUAUUAAUGCUAUAAUAAAUGUGAAUGAGUUAUAAUUGA